CUUUUCUACACCUCUUUUUCUUCUUUCUUCUCAUACGUCUUUCAAGAAUACAAGGCAAAAAAAAAACGAUGCUCACGUUGACAACCGCAAAGUACAUAAUAGCCUACACCAUUGCCGGUUUGGUCGUUGCCCUUUGGUUCAGAACAGAUUCCAAGGCCAGAAAGCCAUUGCCAUCGCUACGCGUGAAUCCCUCGGACAGCUACAUUGCUGAUUUCUAUCCUAAUGGCAACUACUUGGAAUUGCCCAUGGGCACCAUGCGCUAUUGGCUGUUUGGCAACCCCAGUGGUAAACGCGUUGUCAUGAUUCACGGUAUUAGUACCGGGUCCCCUAGUUACGACAAGCUGGCGCGCUACAUGGCGGAUGCAGGUCAUCAUGUCCUUGUCUUUGACCUUUGGGGUCGUGGCUACUCGGAUGCUCCUGCUACUUAUUAUGAUGAAGGCCUGUAUACCAGCCAGUUGGCAUUGUUGCUCCAGAAAGUUGGAUGGCACUCGGAUGUCGAUGUGGUCGGCGUCUCUCUCGGAGGUGCCAUUGCAACAUCAUUUACUGCAUUCUAUCCCGAGGUUGUCAACAGACUUAUUCUCAUUGCACCUGCAGGUCUGAUGCAGGCAGACUCGGAUGUCCCGCUCUAUGGCAAGAUCUUUAGACUUCCUGUCAUUAGCAAACUUGUGUUGAACCCAAUCCUCAAGCCCGUUGCGACAUGGGGUAUCACUCAAUUCUACAACACAGCACGUCCUGUUGGUAAGAAAAAGAACGAAGAUUCGACCCGCAUUGCCGAGGCUGCUUUCUCGCAGUUUCAGAAGCACUCUGGUUUCUUUACUGCUUUCUUGAGCACCGUCAUGGACUAUCCCUUGUUCGAUCUUCACAACCGUUACAAGACCGUCGGCCAACGCGAUACCAAUCGUAAGGUAUUGCUAAUUUGGGGUACAGCUGAUCGUACCGUUCCUUUCCGUCAUGCCAAACUCCUCACAUCGUUGAUCCCGCAGACCAAACUCAGUGUUUAUGACGAUGAGGCCCACGAUGUUCUCAUGUCGCGCCAUCCUGAAGUCAAUGCCGAGAUCAAAGAGUUCCUAGCAUAGAUAGAACAACGAUGGUUAUAGUAAUUGAAGCAUAUCCAUACAUUUGCUACCUUUGUAUAUGUAAUUAAUAAACCACAACACGUUAU